AUGGCUUCUUCUUCUCGCUCCCUGACUUUACCAUUUUCUGAUGCCUCUCGUACUGCUUGGUUUCAAAGACUCUCUGGACCUGACAACAAAAACCACUUUCGUCUAACACCAGACAAAGUGCUUCUCUACACAGAGAUUCUACUUGAUGUUUGGCCCGAGAAAGGUAGCAAGGCAUGGAGGCAGAAAUUCGAUUUCAGGGCCCGGUUCGAACUUGUUGAUGGAAAAUUGAACUACAAGGAAAAGAAUGACAUACCUUCCAAGCUAGUUGUUACGGACUUAGAAGUAUUUGAUUUGAUUGUAGCCGCUCAUCUUAAUCUAGGUCACAGUGCAUAUAUUCUGCAAUGUGAUAAUGAUGGAGAGUUUAAAGGUGCUCUCUUUAUAUUGAUGAAGGAUCUUGGUGUGAAGAUUAUUCAUGGGCGUGCCCGUCACCCACAAAGCCAAGGGCUAAUCGAGCAAGCAAAUGGUAUUUUGAAGGAGAAGUUGGCAGCUUGGAUGCGUGAUCAUCAAAGGGCUGAUUGGACGCAAGGCAUUGACGAGUCCAUUUUGAGUAUGAAUUCACAACGUUACACUGCAACAGGGAGGACACCCUACGAGGUUUUGUUUGGGCAACGACCGUUUACUCAACGAACUAUAUUCACUGAACGAGACACCGUCACGGUCAUUGACGAAGCACCUCCCCAAAGUGCAUUUCUGUUUGAGCCAUCAAACACGCAGAGCCAAACGGAAGACACAGAAGUGGACAUAGCACCAAGAGCAAACAGUGUUGAGUUGGCUAUCAACGUUGAUGACCUUGAGUCCGAAUCAGAUGAAUCACAAAACACCGGCAAUGAAUAG